AUGUCAACCGGAAUUCUAGCUUCAAACAUGUCUUUGACACUGUUCCAAGCGACAUGUCUUGCUAUCCCAGCAGCAUUCUUUUCUAUCAUCAUCUACAGACUUUACUUCCAUCCCCUAGCCAAGGUCCCUGGACCGAGGCUAGCAGCUAUUACAUGGCUCUAUCAAACCUACUACAGCUUUGUGGGUGGAAGUCGUUUUUAUCUUCAAAUUGAGAAACUACAUGAGAAAUAUGGCCCUAUUGUUCGCAUCACACCUGAUGAGGUUCACCUGAGCGACCUUGAGAACUAUGACAAGAUCUACUACGUAGGAAGUCGUUACGCCAAGUGUGCAAACUUCUAUGGUGCUUUCGGAAACGAAAACUCUUCCUUCACAACACCCUCAAAUGAAUUGCAUCGCCAGCGUCGAACUGGUCUCAAUUCCUUCUUCUCGCGAAAGAUUGUAAUUGACCUCGAGGACAUUGUCCAAGACAAGGCACGCAAGGUGUGCAAAGCUAUCGACAGGACCAUCGCAACUGGCAAGCCAAUGGACCUCCAUCACGCUCUGCGAGCCGUGUCCAUUGACGUCAUCACUGAGUAUGCUUUUGGUGAAAGCUAUGGCUUGUUGGACACGCCUGACUUUGGCUAUGACUUCUUUAUGCUUGUUUUGCGCCUCGGUCCAGCUGCUUGGAUCUUUCGCCAAGCUCCAUGGCUUAAGACUGUCUUGAGGACCAUCCCCGAGUCACUUGUUCGUAUCGUCAGUGCGCCAAUGACUAACGUUAUUGACAUGCAACGGCAAUGCAACGACAAGUUGAGGAACAUUGAGAAACAACUCGAUGUAGGAUCUGUUGAACUCAAUGGCAGGGCAACCAUCUUCUCAGCUCUCAUGACUCCUGAUGACCGUCGAAAGCCAGCUGCUGCAGCUCAUCUUGAAGAUGAAGCUUACACUGUACUCACUGCCGCGGCUGAUACAACUGGUAACGCCAUGACCACUAUCUGCCGUUAUGUUUUCGCGGACCGAAAUGUAUAUGCCAAGCUUCAUGCGGAACUCAAAGCUACUUUCCCUGAUGAAAAUCAAGUCAUGAGAUUCCAGAUUCUGGAAAAGCUGCCAUACCUGACUGGUAUAAUCAAUGAAGGCCUGAGACUAUCAUUCGGUGUAGCCGGAAGACUUCCUCGAACCGUUCCUCUAGGAGGUGCCAAUUUUCAUGGUUAUGAUCUCCCACCCGGAUCCGUUGUUUCCAUGAGCUCUUGGUUAAUCCAUCGGAAUGAGGAAUACUUCCCCGAGCCAGCCAAGUUCGAUCCAGACAGAUGGGUCAACGCAUCAGACCCUCAGCGUCUUCACAAAGCUUUUGUACCGUUUGGCAAAGGUAGCAGAGCAUGUGUUGGUAUGAAUCUUGCGUAUGAUGAGAUCUAUGUUACAAUCGCCCAGAUCUUCCGUCAUUAUCCUGAUCUUAAGAGCAACACUCAUGAGCUCACCGAUUAUGAUAUGAUUUUGGACGAUUACUUUUCGUCGUACAAUCCAGCGGAUGCCAAAACCCUUGAGGUCCGGGGUUGA